CCGCUAUCUCUGUCAUUCUACUACACUUUCACUUUGCUCAGAUAUCGAGUAGCUUUCCACUCAAAACUACAACAAAACAAAUUUGAAAACCGCGUGAAUGGACUGUAAACGGUGAAGGUAUAAUUUCGCAGGCUAAACAUUCUUGCUGAUACACUAUGUAAGAAAACGAACCGUAAACAGGGUUAGCUAACUCUGAAAAACAAUGUUCUGACAACUCAAGUAAGCCAUCUGUCGACUUUCAGCUGAGGUCAGACUCCUUGAGACCUGACACUAUGGAGCGGCCUGCCCUCAAACAGAGCCAGCUGUGUGGCUCCUGGGAGAUGAAGGAGAGACUUGGGAUGGGAGGCUUUGGGCACGUCUACCUGUACCAGCACCUACAGGAGUUAGGAGAGAAGAUUGCAGUGAAGCUCUGCCGCCUGGAGCUGAACUCAAAGAACAAAGACCGCUGGGGCAGAGAGAUUCAGAUCAUGAAGAAGCUGAACCAUGUGAAUGUUGUUCAGGCCAGAGAAGUUCCAGAAGAGUUGAGCGUCAUUGCUUUAAAUGACUUGCCUCUGUUGGCCAUGGAGUACUGCUCCAGAGGAGACUUACGCAAGGUAUUGAAUAAACCAGAAAAUUGUUGUGGUCUGAAGGAGAGUGAAGUCCUCAUGCUGAUCAGUGACAUUGGUGCUGGUAUCCAGUACCUACAUGAAAAUAAGAUCAUUCACAGAGACCUCAAGCCAGAGAACAUAGUUCUGCAGGAGAUUGGUGGAAAGCUUGUCCAUAAAAUCAUAGAUCUGGGUUAUGCAAAGGACCUCGAUCAAGGCAGUCUGUGUACAUCCUUUGUUGGAACUCUGCAGUAUCUGGCUCCAGAGCUUUUUGAGAGUAAACCCUACACUGUGACUGUGGACUACUGGAGCUUCGGGACAGUGAUCUUUGAAUGCACUUGUGGCUUUCGGCCCUUUUUACACCAUAUGCAGCCCGUACAGUGGACAAGUAAAGUCAAGAACAAAGGUCCCAAAGACAUCAUGGCAGUAGAGGACAUGAAUGGAGAAGUCCGAUUCUCCGCACGUCUCCCGUAUCCAAACAAUCUCAGCAGGCCGCUGCUGGAACCAGUGGAGUCUCUUCUGCAGAUGCUGUUACUGUGGGAUGCUGCAACGCGUGGUGGAGGGCUUGAUCCUGACACAAACAAGCCUUCAUGCUACACAGCUCUACAGAAUAUUCUCAAAAUGAGGGUGAUUCAUGUGUUGGACAUGACGUCAGCCCAGCUGCACUCGUUGGUUUUGGGUGCUGAGGAGAGCUUACACUCCCUGCAGCUCCGUCUGGAGACAAACACACAGACACACAUUACCCCGCUGAGUCAAGAGGUGCUGCUGGAGACGGGAAUCUCCCUCGAUCCACGCAGGCCACCCGCACACUGUCUGCCAGAGGGAUUGCAAGGCUGGGACAGCUGCAUAGUCUUUCUGUUUGAUAAGAGCCUGACCAAGUACUCAGGACCGCUGACUGCCAGACCUCUGCCGGACAGUGUCAACUUUAUAGUCAGGGAGACUAAGACCCAGCUCCCACUGUCUGCACUGAGAAAGGUGUGGGGGGAAGCAGUGAGCUACAUCUGCGGACUGAAGGAGGACUACAUUCGCCUGUACCAGGGACAGAGGGCAGCCAUGCUGAGCCUACUCCGCUACAACACCAACUUAACUCGGUACAAGAACCUGCUGUUCUCCCAGUCGCAGCAGCUGAGAGCCAAACUGGCUUUCUUUAAGAGCAGCAUCCAGCACGACCUGGAGCAGUACACCAAGCAGAGGGGCAUCGGUAUCUCUUCAGAAAAAAUGUUGAAGACCUGGCAGGAAAAUGAAGAUAAGGCUGAUGAGUUUACAAAGGUUGCAGAUGUGGGGUAUCUGGAUGAAGAUAUAGUGGCUCUACAUUCUGAGAUUGUGGAGUUGCAGAGGAGUCCAAUUGCAAGAAGACAAGGGGAUGUAAUGGAACAACUUGAGGAAAAGGCGAUUGAACUCUACAAGCAAUUGAAAGCUAAAUGCAAAAGUCCCGACCCUCCACAUGGCUACAGCGACAGCUCGGACAUGGUGAAGAUGAUACUCCAAACCGUUCAGAACCAGGACAGAGUGCUGAAAGACUUGUACACUCAUCUGAGUACAAUUCUGGUGUGUAAGCGACGCAUCGUUGAUCUGUUUCCUAAGUUGGAGAGGGCCGUAUUAAACAUAAAAACUGCAGAGGCAGCGGUGAUGCAGAUGCAAAUGAAGAGACAAAAGGAGUUCUGGUACCUUCUCAAGAUUGCCUGUGCCCAGAACAAUUCCCCUCCACAGUCGCCUGUACAACAACCCACUGGCAGUGAAACGGUUCAUCAGUUACUGGAUGAGAAUCAGCGCUAUCUGAGUCAACUUAAUUCUCUGCUGCAAGACGCCACCCAGGAGUUGGAGCACAGUGUCAUGGAUCAGGACUGGAGCUGGACUCAGUAUGGAGCAGCCCAACCUCAGAAGCUGUAGAAAGUUAAACUGACCAAAGACUCAGGGUUCAGAGUCAAAGUUAUAAACUGUAAACAAGUGCCUAAUCAGAGUUACACUAUCUGUAAGCUUUGUGAUUCCAUUAUGUGUCUAUACAUACAUGUAAUGCUGUAAAACAGUGUGUGUGACAGCAUGAUAUGGUAAGCUAUUCAUGUUUUAACUUAAAUGUGUAUUGUGGAGUUUUAGCUGUAACCAAGACAUAUUUAUUUUACUGCUAUUAAAUAUUUAGCGUAAAACACUGCUGCUGACAAACUAUGCAUGAUGGAAUGUGAAUAAAUACAGUUUCUUGAAGUGUUAAACUGUUGAAAGUA